GCGAGCGGCACAUAAUAAUGCUGGGCAUGCCCGUGGAACUUGGAAAAGAAAAGCUCUGCAGAAAAAAGUAAUUCAUCUCGGCGAGCAGGGGUUGCCGCUUUCAUCCACGGGUCGAGUAUCAGGUGCCUUCAGGUUUACCAUAUUCAUUCAUCGCCUGCGAACAAAGCCGGACGCAGCACACCGUGGCGGCAUUUUUCAAUAAAACUGAAGAGGAGUGCUGCUUGGGCACAGACCCGCGGUACCUUCCCAACGGAUCAGCAGCAACAUGUACACCCAGCACCAGAAGAGGCAGAAGACUUAUGGAGGAAGGCAGACUCCUGUCACGGACUCGUACGAGUUCUUCCCAGGGGUCACCCGGGUUGAGUACCGCCCCGGGGCUAGUGCGGAAGACUCCCUGUGCUUCCGUCACUACAAUCCCUCCGAAAGGGUGCAUGGACGCACCAUGGAGGAGUGGAUGCGCCCCGCCGUGUCCUUCUGGCAUGCCUUCAGCUACCAGGGGCUUGACCGGUACGGCAUGCCCGCCUUCAUCCGCCCUUGGGACGAGGCCCCCAACUCCUUGGAGGCCUGCAAGAGGCGUGUCAGGGCGGCCUUUGAAUUCUUCUCGAAGCUGGGUGUGAGGUACUGGACCGUCUUUGACCGCGACCUGACCCCCGAGGGGUACAGCAUGGAAGAGACCUUCACGCAGCUGGAUGAAGUCAUCGACCUGGUGCAGGAGUUGCAGCAGCGCACCGGAAUCAAGCCCCUCUGGUUCGGCUGCAACCUCUUCUCUCACCCCAGGUAUGCCAACGGCGCCGCUACCAACCCUGAUGCUAACGUCGCCGCCUACGCCGCGGCCCAGUGCAAGAAGGCCUUCGACAUCGCCAUGAAAUUGGGCGCCGAGAACUUCCUCCUGUGGGGCGCCAGGGAGGGCUACCACAACCCCAUGGUGGCCGACCUGCCCAGGGAGAUGAGGAACUAUGCCAAGUUCCUCAAGAUCGUCUCGGACUACAAGGACAAACACGGCUUCCGGGGCAACCUGCUGAUCCGCCCUGGACCCCACAGGGAAAGCCGAUUUUACAACUCGGAACACCGCUACGAGAGCGAGGACUGCGACACCUUUGGCAGGUACGACUACGACGCCAUGAGCACCCUCUGCCUCCUCAAGCACCACGGACUAGAGCGCCAGUAUAAGCUGCACGUCUACCCCGGCAGAGACCACCUCUUCGCCUCCGCCAUGGGUUACCUGGGUUGCAUCGAGUACGAGUCGUACCACGAGGAGUACUUUGGCGAUUUCCGCUACAACGGAGAGACCACGGUCAUGAUGAAGAACUUCAUCGACCAGGGUGGCAUCCAGCCUGGCGGCGUGUCGCUGGCUCUGCGUCCGAGACGCGAGUCGCACGACUUCAGGGACCUCUUCCUGAUGUACGUGCAGAGCCUGGACAGCCUGGCCAAGGGCCUGAAGACGGCCGUCCGCCUGACCAGCGAGGGCCACUUCAGUCGGCACUUGCAGCAGCGAUAUUCUGGCUACCAGUCCGGAAUUGGGGCUCGACUAGCCAGUGGGGAGGCGAGUCUGGAGGAGUGCGACGAGUUCGUCAAACGCCACGGGGAGCCCAACCCUCCGUCGGCCCGCCUCGAGCACUGGAACUCGGUUUUCCGCUACUACAACGAGCACUAAGACGCGGCAUCAAGCAAUUUUGUUUUUUGGUUUCGGAAAAUUGUAUUUGAACAUGUCGUAGCAAAAAAUUUGUUUAGCGCUUGUUGCAGAUGCAAAAUAAACGUUGAUGGGGUUCAAUAUAAUCUAA